UCUGUGCGCCAUACGGUUUUCCCUCUCUCCUCUGCAUCAAGAGAAGGCCUAUUGUUCAGAUGCCACUGGGCACAUGGUUUGCGAUCCUGAUGGCGCGAAGCAUUUGUCUUCAAAUGUCGUGAUUGCGACGAAGCAAGUUUUGUAAAACAAUGCGGAAGAUUUUCCUUCGCAAGUGCUGUAAAAUCGCGAAGAAACUUUGUUAUAAAUUCGCUAAAUAUUUCUACGGAAUAUUUCCGCAAUUUAAUUAAUAAAACGCUUACAAUUAGAACGAAAUUCGUGAGCGUGUCAAGAUGUAUGGAAUGCUGCUGGAAAGUGUGCAAUAUUUUGUGCAGUUAGAAUUUGGCGAAGAAGUGUGGCUUCAAAUUUUGGAAAAAGCUGAUUGUAAACACAUGGUUUUUAAUACAAGACAGACAUAUUCGGAUGAUCUAAUGACCAAUUUGGCCGCGGCUCUUGCCACAUAUACUGGCGAUUCUGUGGAUAACAUUAUGCAAUUUUUUGGAAAAUGCUUUGUUAGAUUUUUUAGUAAUUUAGGAUACGAUUGCACUAUAAAAGCAACUGGCCGUUAUUUUUGCGAUUUUUUACAAAGCGUUGAUAAUAUUCACAUGCAAAUGAGAUUUACAUAUCCAAAAAUGAAGAGUCCAUCUAUGUAUACAACUCAUGUCGAUCCACAAGGAGUUGUUUUGGUUUACAGAAGUACUCGACAAGGCUUUACGCAUUAUUUUAUGGGACAAUUAUUUCAAAUAGCAAAAGACCUAUACAAUACAGAAUUAAAUAUUAGAGUUUUGGAAAGUUUAAACAAUAUUCCAGGAUCUCGAAACGUAAUGAUUAAGUUUCGUAUCGAUUUCGAUAAUCAUCCAUAUGUCAUAAAGAAUAAUAGAAUAAAAACUACAUUAAACCGUGAAAUGUCGCCUGUUUCCUGCUCGUUUUUCUUACGCCUUUUUCCAUUCGGCGUCGUAAUGAACAAAGAUAUGCGAAUUCUAGGAGCAGGUGAUAAACUGCUCCAAGCUUGGGGUGGUACUAUGUCUAUUUUAAAUAAGCCUGUCACAGAAAUAUUCAAAUUAAGGAGACCCAAAGGAAUUUCGUUUACAUGGGGAAACAUAAUGUAUUUGCAUUCAGUGAUAUUCGAAUUAGAACUCAUCAGAGCAAAUGAUCAUCGCUCUCCGAUAAAUUCAGAUAGUACACCAAGCACAAGCACUAGUAGCUUAAAUAGACGUGGAAGUCAAGGUGCGAGAAGCAUCUUGUUAAAGGGCCAAAUGAGAUACAUCGAUGAUAUUAAAGCGAUUAUAUUUUUUUGUAGUCCUUUAAUUAAUAGUUUAGACGAACUUCUUAAUAUGGGUCUAUAUGUAAAUGAUCUGAAUCCUCAUGGUAUGAGUAAAGAACUGGUAUUAGCAGGAUGGCAACAUUGUGGAAGAUUGGAAAUGAUGUUUGAGAGAGCAGAACAAAGAUCGGCGGAAUUAGAGAACAGUUAUGUGUUAUUGGAUAGAUGGAAGAAUAAGAGCGACGAGCUUUUAUAUUCUAUGAUCCCGCAAACAGUGGCUGACCGAUUACGAGCCGGAACUAGCCCAUUGAGCACUUGCGAAUCAUUCGAGUCAGUAACGGUUCUUUUCUGCGAAUUAUGCGACUUUGAUUAUUCUACCAUUGAAGGAGCAAUGGAUAUUGUCUUAUCUAUGAAUGCUGUUUUUUCCUGUUUCGAUACGUUAAUGGAUCAAUUUAAUGUUUAUAAAGUAGAGACUGUUGGUCGCGUGUACAUGGCAGCUAGCGGAGCACCAGAUCGAAAUAAAAACCAUGCGCAAAAUAUCGCCGAUGUGUCUCUACAACUUAUUGAGCAUGUUCGAUCUCUCGAAUUACCCUCCGGAUUGGACAUACGAAUCCGCAUAGGAAUUCAUUCCGGACCGGCGGUGGCAGGUGUAGUUGGCAUCAAAUUGCCGAGAUACUGUUUCUUCGGGGAUACUGUUAACACAGCUUCUAGAAUGCAGACCACUAGUCUGCCGGGAAAAGUGCACAUUUCUUCUAGCACUAAAGCUUUGUUACCUAAAGAUCGUUAUUGCACCGAAUCACGUGGCGUUGUAUGGGUAAAGGCAACGGAGAAUAGACGAAAUUUCCCUGCCUCAAACGUUCAAGUGCACUACAAUAUUACGAAUGCUGAGAUUCAUCAUGAUCGUCCGACAAUAGACGAAGUAUCUUAUAUCGAUUUCGAUCCCAUCUCUGCAUCCUCUUCCAAAAGGCCCAACGUCUGUAAAGAUUGUACCUGCGGGCUUGGAAGAAAGACACGGAUUGUCGGCGGCAACGUGACAAAUAUUUACAAUUAUCCUUGGCUUGUAAGCAUGAGUAAAAAGGGAAAAUUUCACUGUGCCGGAAGUCUCAUAACACGCAAGCACGUUUUGACAGCAGCGCAUUGCGUACAACCAUUCGAUAUUAAAACUAUGAGACUUGUCUUAAUGGACAGCCACCAUCCUUCGAUAAGUAGCGACGCUAUAGUUCGCCGUAUUAAAUCGGCAACUAUUCAUGAAAAUUUUAAUGCUUAUUCUUUCAAUAAUGAUAUUGCGAUCAUAGAGAUGGAUCAGCCUGUAUCUAUAAAUGAUCUCGUGCGAACAGCAUGUUUACCUGAAGACAAAAAUAUCGAUUAUACGGGGGCAAUUGCAACUGUAAUUGGAUGGGGUCAAACGGGAGAAAACAAACCGGAAAGUGAUGAACUGCGUAAAGUUAAUUUACCGAUCUUGUCACAAGAGGAAUGUGAUCAAGCUGGAUACGCAAAAAAUCGCAUCACCGAAAAUAUGUUCUGUUCUGGUUACCUCGAGGGAGAACGCGAUGCUUGCUCUGGCGAUAGUGGAGGCCCAUUACAUGUCAAAGGAGUUCAUGGACAACUGGAAGUAAUAGGUAUUGUAUCAUUUGGGAGAGGGUGUGGAAGACGCAAUUUUCCAGGCAUAUACACCAAAGUAACAAAUUAUAUUGAAUGGCUUAAAGAUCAUUUAGACGAAGAAUGUAUUUGUCCACCACCGUAUCAAAAAAACUAACAUUUGUUAUAAGUAAUUUUAUUAUGAUAUAUCACAAUUAUUCUUCGACAAUUUAUUGGCACAAAAAUGCGUUUAUAAAAUUUUGUGGAUAAAAUUUAAAAUAUGAGGGAGCAAACUGUCAAAGCUUAUGUUUAGUGGAAGUUCAUUUUUAUGAUUAUGAACUAAAUUGAUGAUUAUUUAAGCUAAAAAAUAACUAGUUUUUCCAAAUUCUCAAGAUAGGCUACCACUUUAAAUUAAUAUUUAACAGUUGACUAGUAAUAUAUAAUGUACUUUUUAGCUUUCAAACAUUAGUUUAAUAUUAUUUAUAACAAAUUUUAUAUUACAUACU